GCCGCCAGUGCGCCGCCGCCCGUUGCGCGUCAUGCCGCGAGUGUUGUGACUGCUGCAAUCAUGGAUGUGCGAUUAACGUUGCUGUUCAUUGCAGGCGCGUCAGCAACAUGCCGGUUCCCGGGCGCCCCCGCUCACUCCCACGUCACAUUCUCCGACGAGACCCUCGAGGAGGGCUCCGUCGCCACGUACGCGUGCGAGCGGGGCUUCGAGCUACUGGGCCCCGCGAGGCGGGUCUGCGGCGACAAUGGGAGGUGGAGCCCUGAUGGAAUACCCUUCUGCGUUCUAAACGUGGCAGCGGGCAAAGCGCCCAUGCAAGCGUCUACGGAAGACUCGGGCGUCCCCCAGCGGGCGCUAGAUGGCAGCACUUCGUCCGUGUACAGCCCCGAGACGUGUACACUGACGAAGCAAGAGCGUGUACCUUGGUGGUACGUCAACCUACUGGAACCGUAUAUGGUGCAGUUGGUACGGUUAGACUUUGGGAAGCCUUGCUGUGGAGCCAACAAGCCCGCAGUGAUCGUGGUCCGUGUUGGCAACAAUCGACCAGACCUCGGCACUAACCCCAUCUGUAACCGCUUCACCGGCUUCCUCGAGGAGGGGCAACCCCUGUUUCUACCCUGCAACCCCCCUAUGCCGGGGGCGUUCGUCAGCGUGCACCUAGAGGCAUCUACGCCGAGCCAGCUGUCUAUAUGCGAAGCUUUCGUGUAUACAGAUCAAGCUUUGCCUAUAGAAAGAUGCCCUCAGUUCAGAGACCAGCCGCCCGGCAGCACGGCCACCUACAACGGCAAAUGUUACAUCUUCUACGACCGCCAGCCCACCAACUUCCGCGACGCUAUCGCGUUCUGCCGCGGCAGAGGAGGCUCGCUUGUCGACGAGAGCAACCCGGCGCUGCAAGGGUUCAUCAGCUGGGAGCUUUGGAGGAGGCAUAGGAGCGACAGCAGUAGCCAAUACUGGAUGGGGGCCGUACGAGACCCCCAGGAUCCGAACAACUGGAAGUGGGUGAACGGGAAUGACGUCACUGUCUCCUUCUGGAAUAGCGUGCCUGCGGGGGGCGAGGGGUGCGCGCGGUUCGACGGCAGCAAGGGCUGGCUGUGGGCGGACACGGACUGCCAGGCCAAUCUGAACUUUAUCUGCCAGCACCAACCGAAGGCGUGCGGGCGUCCAGAGCAGCCCCCAAACUCGACCAUGAGCACCGAGUCCUUCGAAGUAGGCGCUGCGGUGCAGUACUCAUGCGACCAGGGGCACCUGCUGGUCGGCCCCACUGUCCGGACAUGUCUGGACACCGGGUUCUAUACGGAGUUCCCGCCCGUGUGCAAACGAAUUGAAUGCGGCUACCCAGCGGAGAUCGCGCACGGCUCGUACACGCUGCUGAACGAGUCCGUGUCGUACCUGUCGCACGUGCAGUACGAGUGCUCGGAGGGCCACGAGAUGGUGGGCAGGUCGCGACUAGUCUGCGAUAUAGAUGAGAGGUGGAAUGGGCCCCCGCCGCGGUGCGACGUUGUGCACUGCGAGCCUCCAGCGCAGGUCCCCAACGGACGCGUAACGCUGUCCCACAACGCGUCGGUGUACGGCGCCGUCGCGGAGUACGCGUGUACCCGCGGGCACCGCCUCGUCGGCGUCCGGCGAAUGAGCUGUCUAGCGAGCGGCGUCUGGGACCAGCAGCCGCCUAAAUGUCAACCCGAAGAGCGCUCAACAACGACGACCACAACGCUCCCUCCCCCCACCACGGCUGUCCCCCCCACGCGCGUCACGUCACGCGCGCCGCCGACGCGGCCGCGCUCCACGGCACGUCCCGCGCCGACGCCGUUCGUCACGCCGGAGACGCGCCGUCCCCGACCAAAGACCACCGAGAGGCCGACCACGAGAUACGAAACGAAGGUCACGGACGCGCAGGAGUCGCCGACCAGCCAUGUGCCGCAUAUUAUUGUGGCUAGUCAUCCUAGGGAGAACCAAAUCCUAGGCAGCGGCAACAACAUCCGCGCCGAGCAAACCCCGCGCGUCAACGUGCCCCAAUCGGUGGACGGCGAACGGCGCGAGACGGUCGGCGCGCGCCUCAACCUCGGCGCCGUGGUCGCGCUCGGCGCGUUCGGCGCGAUCGUCUUCCUCGUAGCGAUUAUCACUACCAUCGUCAUAUUGGUGCGGAGAAAGCACCACGACGGCAAACGCUACCGCCACCACGUGUCCCCCGACUGCAACACGGUCGCCUCCCUCGACUCCUCGUCAUCAGAGUCCCGUUCGGGCCUGAACAGGUACUACAGACAAGCUUGGGAAGAGCUUCACGAAGCAACCGGCGCUAAAGGGCGAAGACACGACAGGGAAGCGCCGAAGGACGGGUCGGAACUUGUCGUGUCAGACGUGUACCCGGCUCCGAGGGACAAGAGGAGACACCAUCAUCAUCACCACCACCGCCAGCCGAGGCAUCCGGAUUGGCAUUCGCCGCAUCGUCCGCAGCACAACCAUAAGCCUAGGUAUUAGCAGUUGUAAAAAUAGUUUCAGUCUGACGUAUUUCAUUAGUGCGCUUUGUGCACAACACACGUAUUUAAAGUAUGGCACGUAGGUAAAACAGUCAAAUUUUGCACUGUAUUUGUUAACCAAGGGCCAA